AUGACGUCAUAUCGAGAGCAAAGCCAUGAGCUCACCUCAUCGACGCAGCUCUUUUCUACAGGAACCAGUCUACCUCUCAACACCACUGUCAGCCCCGGUAACGACACCGCUGCUAGCAUCUGCGCUCACUUGGUUGUCCACCACGGACUUAGCCAUGUCCGCAUCGCCCACGCACUGGGACUUCCCUCGCUGGUCGUGGAGGAGUCAAUAAGAAAUGGUGUGUCCUCUUCGAUGCUACGAAUCCAGCUACGCAACUGGCUCUGCGAGGUCUCGGGCUCGUCUCCAGCGCAGAAGCUGCGCGUGCCGGAAGCGCUUUUCACGCAGCUUCAAGAAGACUGCGCCGCUGAUGAGAUCGAGCACCAGGAGAACGAACGGAAAGGCGUCGUGUCGCCCUAUGGCGACGACUGGUCCCCCUUCGCCGCCCUUGACCCCGUCUCCCAGCAGCACUUCACCCAGCUACAGCACUCAGUGGGACAGAGCUUCAUCUCAAUCCUGAACGACCCAGGUGAGUCGACCACGAAUGUGGACUGGACCACCUGGUUAGGGGGCAAGCUGUACGCUGCCUUCGACUUCAAUGGCCAUGUCGGCGAGCUGGAUGACAUGCUUCGGUCCUAUUUGGCUCUACAGACCGGGCCCGAGUCCUCUGCCGCCUUGCUCGCUGAGUACCCACCCAGUCAAGACUUCAGCGGCUACGUGAACCUUACCUCCAAGGCCUACCAGGCCAAUCGACGCGAGGGGAUCGCGAACGAUGCGAGGGAGUGGCGGGAGGACGGCACAACUAACCUUCAAGGGGACUACGAACACCGUGGCGGUGCCGCGACGACGGACCGCAGUCCGUGGCCCACGAGUGUUCCAACGCAGUUUUUUGCCGUGUCGUACGACACAGCAUCUGAACUGGACAUGUUGUCGAACGCCGUGGGGGAGUCGCUACCUGCUGCUACGUCAACGUCGCCGCCUGCGGCAGCGGCUACAUCGACGCAGAUUGUGGAUGGCGGCACGUUUGCGGCUGACUAUGAGUAUCUGGAGAGUCGCAAUAAGGAGCUGCGUGCGUGGGAGUCGGCUGUGGAGAAGUGCUUGCUGCAGCACGUCAAGUACCGCUCCGAGGACUUCUUCGUCACUUCUCGCCAGUUCAGCUCGCUCAGCAGCGACGCUCGCACCGUCUUGGCUAACGUGCGAGUAGCUCGUGAAGGUGGCAUGCGCGCUGGUGAGCACUUCAUUGCCGAGUACUUCCGCAUUGGCAAUCUUUACCGACGGCGCCAGAACUUUCUGCAGUUAAACGCAAUCGCCACGACGGCGCAGCAAGUGCUGCGACGAUUAGGGGACGUGGAGAACUGGGCUGCGCUACCCGAGCGCGACUUUGGUGAGGUGCUGGCCAUCUCAUCCGCACUGGUUGAUCUAGAGACAGUGCUGCGCGGCACCAAGGAUGCGGAGCAGGGCAUCACGUGGAAGUCCUUGUCGCAGCUGAAGUGCCUCGCAGAGGUCCCGGGGCGUGUGAGGAAGGCGCGCAAGACCUUAGAAAAAGUUGUGCUCGAAGAGUACUGCGGUGUGCUAGUGAGCAACCUCAACGAAAGUGAGGCAAGCGAGCGGCUGACGGCCGUCUGUGAGAGUGUCACGCGGCUCGGUGUGCUGAACGGGGCAAACCACCUGUACCAAGUUCGGAUUGUUGAACUGCUUCUAGUCAUGGCACAAGAGACGCUUGUCAGUCUCUUUAUGAACACUGGAACCUUGGAUGAUGCCAAGGCGAAUGAGCUGCUCACCAUUGCCGGCAAUAGGGUUGCUCUCGCCGUGCCAGCCGCACGCGAGCAGCUGAGCGGAUUUGCGAAGUACCUCCGCUUUCAGGGAUAUAAGCAGGUGCUGCAGCAGUUUGUGGACGCGCUCGUAGACUUUGUGACGCGCGUGUCGCAGAACUGGGGCUUUUUCCUCACGGGCGAGCUGCGGGUGGCGCUCGCCAUGUACGAGAAUCGCCACAUCCUCAUUGAGACGGCGACGCGGGAACUGCUUGGGCGUGUGUGCGGUGAGGCUGAGUCGCUCAUCGCCUCGUUGCUGGGGAUAUACACCAACGGGUCACAGCUGGCAUCGACGGCUGAGUUGGUGCAAUUGGUGCGCAUUAGUGUGCAGUUUCCGAUGCGCGUGACAAGCGACGUGGCUGACCGACUGGUAUCACUGCUACACGAGGGCGGCAACGAAUGUGGUACUUCAACAGGCUUUCUGGUGUCGUCGACAGCGAGCGGCCCCAACUCGCCAUCCUCUGCAGCUGACUGGGAGCCAACUGGGUUUGCGGUCUACCGUCCAACAAAAGUGAUUGGCACUACUGUUCAGCGGAUCGUCAAGCGCUUCUUCCGCUACCAACACAGUAUCCACAGAGAGAAUGUGAUCAUGGUAACAGAGGGGGAGACGUGGGCCGCCAAGGAAGCGGUCGACGAGUCGAUACAGCAGCAAGUAGAGGACAUGUGCACCAUGGAUGCGACGGCGUUACAGACAUUUCGGUUGCGCUCGCUGAGAGCACUAUUCAUAUCUGGACACAGCGACGGCGGCUGUAGUCAACAGCGCCACUCAGGGAGCCCGCCUCGUGCUGCGGAUACAGGCGGCACGGAUGAUUUGCUCAGCACCGGCGCCACGAAGCUUUACGUGCGGGUGCGCUGCAAUACCGGUGCUGCCGUUGUCGCCAACAGUAAAGCCGCUUGCGUCCCGACCGAAGUGGCGCCGGUUGCCGAGACUGACGAGCUGGAAGGUCGUCUCGUGCCAAGCUCACUCCUUGUUUUGAUGGAUCUGCUGCACAAAUACCACGAAUAUAUUGCCCUCUUUCCCUUUCUCGCCUUCGACGUGGCGUCGCGCAUGAGUGAGCUGCUUGACGAGUACGAGGGCCAGACGACCGCCAUGGUACUUGGUGCACGAGCAGUGGAAAAGGGUAUUCUUCCCACCAUCACGACGCAGCACUUGUGCAUUGCUUCGCAGUGCGUCGCGUUUCUCAUCGACUUUAUCCCUGCUCUGUUGGCGCAUUUGACGGCUGCUAUGCAAAGUGAUCUCCUUGAUGCCUCGCUGCGUGGCCACGCGCCGCGUGACGUGCUGGCGGUGGCGAACGCACUGGGGCUUGUGGGAGGCGUUUCAAUCGCACCAAUGCCGUCAGACUCGUCUUCUGCCAACCCAACGCCUGAUAGGGCAAAGAUGUUCGUCAAAAACGACUGGAAUCGUGUCGUGCGCAACUGCCGGGCACACCGCAACGAGUUCUUUUCGAAGGUGGGGUCUCUUGUGUACCGCAAAGUAAAUGGCCUGGGUCAGGCCUCGAUGCAGAGGGGCUGCUGGUCAGCGAGCGGUAACGAGUGGGUCAUGUCGAUGCUCCGCGAGGUGGCACGGCUAAUGCGUGUGCUGCGGCCGUUGCUGCCACCUGGGGACAUGGAUGGCGUGAUGGUGCCACUGCUUGGAUCACUGAGUGUUAUGCUGCGCGAGUCAACCGUGCAGAUCCCGAGCUCCGCCGAGGAUGACCGCGCUGCCGCCGCGUCGGAUGUGAUGCUCUUCACGGCAAACGUAGAGAAGUUCGGUUACGAUGUUCUCAAGUGUGCUGCGGCGACAUCUGUGUCUAUUGUGAUGCAGGGCGGUGAGUCCUUCGUGCCGGUGUCCUCCGAAGAGGCGGUGCUGCAGUGGUUUCUGCCGCCUUCUCACACCAGUUCCUCUCAGCUAGCCGCUGAAACCAAGUGA